AUGCCUCUGCGGCUGCGGGGCAAGAAGAAAGGCAAGUCCAAGGAGACCUCCAAGCUGGUGGAGAGCGAGGAGGCGGCUGCGGCCCGCGGGGGAGGCGAUGCUGCGGCCGCGCCGCCCCCUCCUGCCCAGCCCGGGGCCCGGCUGCUCUUCCACACGCAGCUAGCGCACGGCAGCCCCACCGGCCGCGUCGGGGGCUUCGCCAGCGUGCGGGAGCUGUACGAGCAGAUCGGCCAGGAGUUCCGCAUCCCCGCCGCCGAGAUCAUAUUUUGCACUUUGAAUACUCACAAAAUUGAUAUGGACAACCUCUUAGGAGGGCAGAUUGGUCUUGAAGAUUUCAUAUUUGCCCACAUAAAGGGACCAAAAAAAGAAGUGGAUGUUCUUAAAUCUGAGGAUUCUCUUGGGCUUACCAUUACAGACAAUGGAACGGGCUAUGCCUUCAUAAAGCGUAUUAAAGAAGACAGCCUUGUCGACCAAAUCAAAGCGAUAUGCGUGGGUGAUCAUAUAGAAUCUAUAAAUGGAAAAAAUUUGGUGGGUUAUCGUCAUUAUGAAGUUGCCAACCUUUUAAAAGGACUGGAGAAGGGUCAGACAUUUAAACUAACAUUGAUCGAGCCUAUGAAAGCAUUUGAAAUGAUUGAACCAAGGUUAAAAAGUGGAACUCUAUCAGAAGCUAAAAUCUCCAAGGGAAGAGAAACGCUUCGACUGAGAUCCAAAGGUCCUGCCAUUGUGGAGGAAGUGCCCUCUGAAAUUGAAGAAAAAGCAAUAAAAAAAGUAGAUGACCUUCUUGAAACAUACAUGGGAAUAAGAGAUAUUGAACUAGCUGCAACAAUGGUAGAAGCAGGAAGAGACAAGAACAAUCCAGAUGAAUUUGCUGUUGCACUUGAUGAAGCUCUUGGAGACUUCGCAUUUCCAGAUGAGUUUGUUUUUGAUGUAUGGGGAGCCAUAGGUGAUGCUAAACAAGGACGAUUUUAA